AUGUUGGCAUCUAUCGAGGCUCACGUCAACGAGGGCGAAGAAUGUAUACAAGAACUUGAAGAGGAGAACGAUAAGUUCAAGCAAAUCAACCCUCACAGCUUUCGGACCAUUAAGUUCGACGAGGAUGGGGAUGAGAUUGUUGAUCAUCUCUCCUUCGCGCUGCAAUUAAUUCCAAAGAAGGACAUCAGCAAGGUCCGUGAUGACAUUGACGACACCAAAGCCCUGCUUGAUUUGAUCAGGGGCGACCAUAUCGGUUGA